ACUUUAACACAGUCGGUGUAGGUGUAGCAGGAAAGGUUGACGACACGAAGCACAGAACCAAUCAAGUGUCGACUCCAACCUCUUUCUCUGCAAACAAACGAAACAGUGUCGCAUAUAAUUUCCCACGACACGAACACAAUACUCGGAACGGAACUCGUCAUGGCUGUUACUGCUACUCCUUGCACUAUCCUUCCCCUCCUUACCUCAACCUCAUCAAAGCCCCAGUUAAUUUCCCUCUAUUCCAUAACCCCAAAACGACGUCGUUUCAUCGCCUCCGUCGCAGAAGAUCGAGAGAUUGUUCCGGUCUCAGAAGACAGAGGAAACCCUAUCCAUGAACAUGACACGAAGACAGAACUUGCUCCUCAAUUUCCUCCCCUUACAAUUGCAAGCAGUAGCACCGUCAAUGCCUUCAUCGUUUUGGGGUUUGGCACUUUUGCUGUCACCAAAUUGCUCACGAUUGACCAUGAUUACUGGCAUGGUUGGACCCUUUAUGAGAUUCUAAGGUAUGUGCCUGAACACAAUUGGGGGGCCUAUGAGCAAGCUCUGAAAGCAAACCCGGUUUUAGCUAAAAUGGCAAUAAGCGGGGUUGUUUACUCAAUUGGAGAUUGGAUUGCUCAGUGCUAUGAAGGAAAGCCUCUUUUUGAGUUUGAUCGGGCACGGCUAUUCAGAUCAGGGCUUGUUGGGUUUACUCUCCACGGAUCGCUUUCUCAUUAUUACUACCAACUUUGUGAGGCUAUUUUUCCUUUCCAAGAGUGGUGGAUUGUCCCUGCUAAGGUUGUUUUUGACCAAACUGUGUGGUCAGCAGUUUGGAACAGCAUCUACUAUGUUGUUUUGGGUUUGUUGCGUUUAGAAUCUUUGAGUAACAUAUAUGGCGAAUUGAAGUCGACAUUUUGGCCCUUGCUUACUGCAGGGUGGAAACUUUGGCCUUUUGCCCAUCUGAUUACUUAUGGUGUGAUUCCUGUGGAACAAAGGCUUCUUUGGGUGGACUGUGUGGAGCUCAUCUGGGUCACAAUUCUUUCAACCUAUUCAAAUGAGAAAUCAGAAGCCCGAAUAUCUGAUGCAGCAUCAGAAACAAGGUCAUCCAGUUCAAGCCAGAAUUCUAAGGAAUAAACGAAUUGAGAACAAGGGAAAAACCUAUCUAGGUUCAUGGCAAUUACAAAAUCAACCUAGCAAAAGCUUUUGGUGUCUUGACUUAAAAUUCAAAGAAUCUAUCAGUUGAAGGUCCAAUUGAGCGGACCCUAGACACGUGAGGUUGUAAUCUGCUGCAGCUCAUUCAGGAUACACUUAUACAAUACAGGUCGUGCAUCCUUCGGCUAUGAUCACUAUUCAGGUUGCGGUGAUCAUAUACAUAGAUGAUUGUAUUUACAUAAUAUAAAUGCAUUCACAAGUCAAGUUAAAUUAUGUUCCUUUUGGUGGAGUGUAUUGGAUUACCUUGUAUAUCCAUAAUUUCGUAUAAAGAAAUUUCAUCUCAUAUAUAGUGCUAGAAAAAAUGUAAACGAUCCUGUAAUCAGGAUCAUCAUACACAACUACUGCAUACAUUACAGAUUCUUCGUUUCCACUUCCCUGGGCAUCGACAGAUCAUUAACUUUUACAUAUGCUUGUAACAUUGACUUAGAGCCUAUUUGGAUUUCCCUUGGAUCAACACAACGGAGUCUCAUUGCAUAAAUUCAACUCUAUUUAUUUGUUG